GCGAAGCAAGUAAGCAACCAUGAGUGAUGCAGAUGGAAGCUGUGUGGCGGGACCUACCGAACAGAUAAGGAAUAGCCGUUGGGACUUCGUGGCGUGAGGACUGAGGAGGCAAGCAUUAAAAAGCCCACAGGUACUUGAAUCUUAUUGCAUUGUUUAAAGAAAAAACUAGCCGUUAGCGCUUGUAUGAAGGAGAGCCUGUGAAUCUUAUUGCUCCCACCUGACAUUUGUGUCCAGACACACAGAUUCUCUCUCUCUCUCUCACGCUCCAACGCUCGCCGACACACUCACGCAUCCUCCUCAUGACCAUCACGUGCCCAUUCUCAGAACUCACUCCCUCACUAUUUUGGUACAAAAUCCUCCUUCUAUGUCCAGACUCUCUGCUCCCCAGUUCGAUCACUCUGAACACAAAUGUCGCAAUAGACUCUUCCCCUCCCAAGUUCCUAUCUUUUUCUCUUAUUAUACUUCCCCACUGAUUGUUAUGCUCUUCAUUACGAUAAUGGGGAACAGAAAUAUUCUGCAGCACAACCCUUCUCAGGUUUUGCAACUCAGGACGAUAAAUGCAGCAGAUUGGCACUAUAUUUUGGACAAGAAGAGAGAGAAAUGGAAGAAUCGUCGUGAAACCCAAAACCCAUUUCAAUGGUUUCUCUGGGUCCCUUGUUUGUGGAUUCUUCUGGUCCCCAUUUGUGUGAAGCCAGUUUUGGGCGAAGGGGAUCGUUGGGAUGGAGUGGUCGUCACAGAAUCAAAUUUCUUGGCACUUCAAGCGUUCAAGCAAGAGCUGAUUGAUCCCAAAGGCUUCUUGCGAAGCUGGAAUGACAGCGGCUACACUACUUGUUCUGGAGGUUGGGUUGGGAUCAAGUGUGCUCAGGGGCAGGUGAUCGUGAUCCAGCUUCCAUGGAAGGGACUGAAAGGGCACAUCACAGAGAGGAUAGGCCAACUUGCAGGCCUUCGAAAGCUUAGUCUUCAUGAUAACCAAAUUGGAGGGUCAAUCCCUUCCUCGUUGGGGCUUCUUCCUAAUCUCAGAGGGGUUCAGCUAUUCAACAAUAGGAUAGAAGGGUCCAUCCCUCCCUCAUUAGGUUCUUGCCUUUUGCUUCAGUCCUUAGACCUAAGUAAUAACUUACUGACAGGGAGAAUCCCUGAUAGCCUCUUCAAUUCUUCUAAGCUUUAUUGGCUUAAUUUGAGCUUCAAUUCCUUGUCUGGUUCAAUACCAGCCACCCUCACUCGUUCACCUUCUCUAACCUUCGUUUCUCUUCAACACAACAAUCUAUCUGGCUCUAUCCCGAACUCAUGGGGUGGGACUCUGAAAAAUGAUUUCAUUGGGUUUCAGAAUUUGAUCCUAGACUAUAAUUUAUUCUCCGGAACUAUUCCUGCUUCUUUGGGCAGCUUAACCGAACUCAGAGAGAUUUCUCUAAGUCAUAAUCAGCUUAGUGGAGCUAUCCCAAAUGAAAUAGGGAGCCUUGCUAGACUUAAAACGUUGGAUUUUUCAAAUAAUGCCCUCAACGGAAGUUUGCCUGCUAGUCUCUCUAACUUGUCAUCGCUUACUGCGUUGAAUGUUGAGAACAACCACCUCGAUGAUCAAGUCCCAGAAUCUCUAGGUAGAUUACGUAACCUUUCUGUUCUUAAUUUGAGGAGAAAUCAACUUAGUGGUCACAUUCCUGAAAGUAUUGGCAACGUUUCCUCGCUUAAACAGCUUGAUUUGUCUCUAAAUAAUCUCAGUGGUGAAAUUCCUUCCUCCUUCGACAAUUUACGUAGCCUUAAUUUCUUCAAUGUGUCUUACAAUAAUCUGUCUGGUCCUGUUCCCUCUCUACUUGCCCAAAAAUUUAACUCAAGCUCAUUUUUGGGUAAUAUCCAACUAUGUGGGUACGAUCCUUCAGUCCCAUGUCCUUCUCCAGCGCCAUCUCAAAUUGUCUCUACUCCAUCUCCUGUGACAUCAAAACACCAUCACCGUUGGAAACUACAUACCAAAGACAUAAUUCUCAUAGCAGCGGGGGCUCUCCUCGUACUCCUUGUAAUAAUAUGUUGCGUCCUGAUCUUCUUCUUGAUCAGAAGAAGAGCGGCAUCGAAAGCAGAGAAAGAUGAAGCUGCUGGCACUGCCAGGACCGAAAAAGGAGUCACUGCAGCCGCAGCCCGAGCUGCUGGUGCAGUUGAGCCCGGCGGUGAGGCAGGAGGGAAACUAGUCCACUUUGAUGGCCCAACAGCUUUUACAGCCGAUGAUCUUUUGUGUGCAACCGCAGAGAUAAUGGGAAAAAGCACCUAUGGGACAGUGUACAAAGCCACAUUAGAGGACGGAAGUGAGGUUGCAGUGAAGAGACUGAGAGAAAAGAUCACCAAGGGCCAAAGAGAAUUUGAAUCCGAGGUCAACAUUCUUGGGAAAAUUCGUCACCCAAAUCUUUUGGCACUGAGGGCAUAUUAUCUGGGACCCAAGAGUGAAAAGCUUCUGGUUUUUGAUUAUAUGCCUAGAGGAAGUCUUGCUGCUUUCCUGCACGCUCGUGGGCCAGAAACAGCCAUCGAUUGGCCAACAAGAAUGGGAAUAGCACAAGGCAUGGCUCGUGGCUUGUUCUACCUUCACUCCCAUGAGAACAUCAUCCACGGGAACCUGACAUCCAGCAAUGUCCUGCUUGACCAAAAUACAAAUGCUAAAAUUGCAGAUUUUGGUCUUUCUCGGUUAAUGACAACUGCUGCUAGUUCUAAUGUGAUUGCCGCUGCCGGAGCGUUAGGCUACAGGGCGCCCGAGCUCUCAAAGCUGAAGAAAGCAACCACAAAAACUGAUGUGUACAGCCUGGGUGUGAUCUUGUUGGAACUCCUAACAGGGAAGUCACCAGGUGAGGCUAUGAAUGGGGUGGAUUUGCCUCAGUGGGUUGCCUCCAUUGUGAAGGAAGAGUGGACGAAUGAGGUGUUCGACGUGGAGCUAAUGAGAGAUGCAUCUACCAUUGGUGAUGAGUUGUUAAACACAUUGAAACUUGCUUUGCACUGUGUUGAUCCUUCUCCAUCAGCACGGCCAGAAGUUCAGCAAGUACUACACCAAUUGGAAGAAAUUAGACCAGAAAGAUCAGUCAGCUCUGUGGAUGAUGGAGCCGUCCCAUCAACCAGUGAUUAGGAGCAUCUUAGUAGGAGGACAUUACUUUUUUUAAUUACUUCUUUGCGUGCUUAGUAGAACUGUCAUUAUUCUUUCAUUCAUAUAUUAUUAUAACUUUGCCUGUUUGAGUUGCUCGCGUCUGUAAAUAUUGCUGUUUUUUACGUCAGCAAGUGUUUCUUCUUUUAACACUUCAUUUUUCUUUA